UCAGCAUCCGUGGUCCGUUUUGUUAACGGCUCUCUUCUCCGCAUCUACUUGCCAUUUGUGUUGCGCAUCAAAUUUUCUUCUUCCACAGAUAUCAGGAGGAAUCUCUUGUCUCUUGACGUAGCAUCAAAAUAGAGAACGGGGUAUGUGAGAAGCACCAAUAUGCAGCAGUUCAAGACCUGGAGGCGGGCCUCCUUCCGACAACAACAACAACAGCCACAACAGCCACAACCCCAUGACCCAGUCCUGACCGCCGAGGAUGAGAACUUUCUACGAGAAAUCAUGGAAGACUCCGCAGGCGACCAAUCUACCUCGCGAUCGGUCGGAUCGGAUCCCCAACUCUCGCCUGUUUCGCCACUGGAGACAGGAGUUCAGCCACCCCCGUCGCAAUCGCCGGUGUCGCCGGUGGAGGAAUAUGGGAGAGAGCUGGGAGAGGAGGAACGGAAAGCUAGGGAGUCUACAACGGACCGGAAGAAGAGUACUGCUAGUGCUGCUGCCCCAGAGACACCCAAGCCUGAAGUUUCUACUUCGCCGCCACCGGCGAAGAAGGGUCCGUGGAAUUGGCUGCGCAGACGAAGUACGGUUUUGAAAAAGGAAAACGGAACCGUAAAGGCGUCCCCCCAGGACGACAACAACAAGCUCAGCGAGGCCCAGCAGCCCCCCACCGAGACAGACAAAGACGAGGCCGAGCAGGAAAAGGAAGACAUGACAGAGAUUCUGGAGAGGCUGAACCUGGCAGCGGAGAACAACCGCGUAUUCUCGAUGAGCAACGAAACGCGCGAGCUGUUGCGCAAGUUCACCCUGAUCUUCAAGGAUCUCGUCAACGGCGUGCCCACCGCCUACCACGACCUCGAGAUGCUGCUCACCAACGGGAACAAGCAGCUACAGAGCACCUAUUCCCAGCUGCCCGGUUUCGUCCAGAAACUGAUCCAGAAGCUCCCCGAGAAGUGGACCGAGACUCUGGCACCGGAGGUCCUUGCGGCGGCCACCGCCAAGGCCAGCCAGAGCGGCCUUAGUGUUGAGAACGUGGGCAAGGCGGCCGCGGCUGCCAACAAGAUGGGGAUCAAGGUGCCGAGCUUGAAGGAGCUGGUAGGCAAGCCGGCCGCGCUGGUCGGGAUGUUGCGCUCGAUCGUGGCGUUCCUCCGCGCCCGGUUCCCGGCUGUCCUGGGGCUCAAUGUGCUAUGGUCGUUGGCUCUGACCAUACUUCUGUUUGUCCUUUGGUAUUGUCACAAGCGCGGCCGUGAGGUUCGUCUGGAGAAUGAGCGUUUGGUGACGGAAGAAGAAAUUGGCAAGUUGAACGACGAGAACUCUGCGGAGCACGAGCAAAUUCGCACCACGGAGACAUUGACCACUACGGCGCCGCAAGGAGCAUCUGUCGCGGAGCUCCGGCAAGGGAUUGAGGAGGCACAGCAUGCGCGUCUUACAGCAGCAGCAGCCAGCCCCCCCGUGUCAGAUGACGGUCCGCAGAAGAAUCAGGAGAAUGAGACUCCCGAUGAGUCGGCAAAACCUAAAAGGGCCAAGUCCCGACUAUCGAUUUGGACCCGGUCCGAGCAGAAACCAACCACGCCGAAGAUAGAACCAUAUCCUGGGACCUGAUAUGGCCAUGCGUCUUCUGUAUCAAGAGAGAAUGCGGGUACUAGUGAGGGGGGAGGAAGUGGGGAGAUCUGCUUGAAUAUGCGUUCGAUACCAUCACGUCUUUUGAUUAUGUUGGAGUUUCGUUUCAUGGUUAUCAUGUCGAUUGCUGGCCACCUGGCCUUUUCUUUGCUUUGUCCAUUGGGUCGUUUGGGUCCCGAAAAAGAUGGAAUGAUCCGCGGUUGCGCAACGGAGCGGGCG